AUGGCUGCUGAAACACCCCCGCUGUAUGAGCCUUUGGAUGAACCUACUGACUCUUCAAGCCAGUCCAAGCUCACAGUUGACACUGGAGACAUCUACUUGUUUCAAUGGCUUGCAUCUACGGAGAAGGCGGUGAAAGCAGCUAGCACCGACGACCUCAAGGGGGCGCAAGCCGAGCUCGAGGCUACAUUUGUCAAGGUCAUUACCGCACCGGAGACAUGGCCAUCUCCAGGGCGUCCUGUUCGUGCUCUUGUCGCGCAAUGCCUCAUUGCAGUAUACACUCGCGGAGAGACCAAGACUAUGUUCGACACACUGCAGGCAUUUCUCAAGAUUGUAAAUGAACCAAAAUCCACUCACCGAGAGUCAAGCAAGAUCGCCGCCAUGUACUGCGUUGGCGAGAUAAUGGGCAUUUUUGGAAGCCAGGUUAUGUCUCUAAUGGUCGAGACUACGACUACAGCACUCAAGCUAUACAGAACGUCGUCCAAUCCGAUUCUCUUGCGGUACAACGCGUUGAUUGCGCUCGAGCAGUCUUUAUCAACAGCAAAGAGGGCUGUCACAGAUGCAUUGUCGAAAGAUAUCAUCAAACAAAUGAGAUACGCACUUAGCGACAAGGCCCUUCCUGUACAACGGGCAGCGUGCAACGUCCUAAUUUUGAUGUAUGCAUCAGAUGACGGUAACAGGCUUGUUUCUGACGUCGAUUCCCUUAUCGCCCUCUGCAUCAAGGGCCUGGAGGGCGCUGACCAACUUACACGCCGCUCACUAGCAAAGCUCGUCGCGCACAUUCUCUCGUCCACGCAGGUUGAGCGCAUGAUCCCCGUCGCCGACACGUCCAAGAAGCUUAAGAAGGGGCAGAACGCAAAGGAAGAGGACGAAGACGACGCGCCCGGCUUGCAUGUCGCGACGGAGGAGGCGAAGCCAAUUAUGACGCCGCAGGAGAUGCUCGGCCAGCUCUCGGCACACUUCAACAAGCCGCAGACAUCACGCAGAACGCGCGUUGGGAUCUUCGACUUUUAUGCCGCGCUACUGGCUGGGCUCGGCCCCGAGUGGGUGGAGAGCAACUACGGGAUCAUCGUGAGCCACUUUAUGAAUGAGAUUGUCGCGAACUCGCGCAACUCGACUACACGCUAUGAGAGACUGCUAGUGCGGUCGCUUGUGGAGGUCAUCCUCCGCGAUCUUGUGGGUGUGCGCAUGCUGGGAGAGCAGGCGCAGAUUACUGCGAUACAGGAGUUGUCGAAUGCAUACCUCAAGCGAUGGCCUGCGAUGAUGCCAGGGCAAGUCGCGCCGAAUCCGUUAUGUCUGGUCAUCGCUCUACGCGAAGUGGCUGGGUUACUUCAGCAACUGGGGAACGCCCCGCCUCCGGUGCAGGACGCGCUCGUGGAGCCACUACAGACGCUCUUGUCACAUCCAAGCCAUACCAUUCGUGUCAACGCUGCAUGGGCUUUGCGAUGCUUCUGCUAUUCCACACCUCUCCGCCUACCCAAAGUCCUACUAAGUGUUGUAGAAAUGCUGCAGCGCGAUAUCACGACUCUAACCACGCCGGCCGCCCCGUCGGACAUCAACACCCGCGCCCUCGGGCAUGCUUACGGCGUCGCAGCGUUGCUGGCAGUCAUCCCCGACCGCCCAUUGUAUGUGUCAUACGAUAUCAGCGCGAAGGUGUUCGACAUGGCCGUGCAGCUACUCAAGCGUGCUGGCGAGCAUGAAGUGAAAAUUGCAUGUAUCGAAGUCGAGAUCGCGUGGACGUCGAUCGCAUCGCUCAUGACACUUGGACCGAACUUUGUGCGAGCGCACCUGCCGCAGUUGCUUGUUCUGUGGCGGAAUGCGCUACCGAAGCCGACGACUAAGGAUGCGUCGACAGGCAGGACGCCCAUGGAGUGGAUGUUCCUGCUCCACCUGCGCGAGUCUGCGCUUGGGGCUGUGUACUGUUUCCUGAAAUAUAACUCUCCGACUCUGGUUUCGCCCGACGUGACACGCCGCAUUGCGUCUCUACUUGGCAACUCAUUGCAGUUCGCGAAUUCCUUCCAGUCACGUCGCGUGGAGGAAACUCCGGAGCAGCAGCCUACUGAGAUCAAGGAGCUGUCGAUGGAAGGCCGUGCGGCUCUUCUGCGGUCGCGGAUAUUCUCAUGUUUCUCUCUGCUGCCCCAUACAGGUGUCACGGACUCGACGCAACUAGCUUUGCUACAGUCUGCCAUCUUCCUGCUAGCCAGUCCUGACGGCUAUGCGGGUUCUUCUGUACAGGCAGCCAUCGCGUCUUCCACCGGCGCCUUCACAUCCAUCUGGCAGAGCGUGGAUGGCUAUGCGUACGGCUUAUCAAGUAUUGAGAUAGACGAGAGCCCCGAGGCAUGGAUCAACCGUGAUAGCGUGGAGAUCUCAAUAGAACAGAUGUGUCAGAAGCCCAUUAUCCGAUCUUGCUCUCAUGAUCCUCUAUUCCUUUGCCAAAGAAGUGCGCCCGACGCUGGCAAUCAGUGGCCAGAACCACCGCCACCAGCCACUGCCUCGGUAAAUGCAGCUAUUGAACUUUUCGCGCAGCUACUGCCCGUGCAGGAUAUUUCCGUAGCUACCCGUACCCUCUCCCAGUUGAUCGAGUAUACCACCUCCUCGAAGUUGGAAAAGAAUGCUGGUCGCAAAGCCGCCGUGUAUGUGAAUGCGACUAUUGCUCUUGUAUUGGCACUGCGCCAGGUCUCGACGCCUCGUUCUCGACAGAUAUUCGGAAGUCCCCAGGUGACCUCCACGAUCUCUAGCUUCCUGAAGGAUGUACUCGUCGACGGCGAUUUGCUGUUACGCAAGGGAAGCAGCGAAGCGAUCGGCCGCCUGGCAAGCAUAGCUGGUACCAAUUUCUUGACAAAUCAAGCAAAAACAUUGGUAGAUCAAGUCGUCAGCAAUCGUGAUCCAAACGGUCGCGCAGGAUGUGCUCUCGCGUUCGGCGAGAUCCAUGCUCACGUCGGUGGUCUUGCCGCUGGUCCAUUGCUAAAGACGACGGUUCACGUUUUGAUGUCGCUCGUCAACGAUCCACACCCUGUGGUGCACUAUUGGUCAUUGUCGGCUCUAUGCCGCGUAAUCGACGCAGCUAGUCUGGCAUAUGCACCUUUUGUGCCGAGUACCCUAGGCCUCCUUUUCAAAGUCUACAUGAUGGAAUCGCACGAGCCUGAAGGUGGUGCGCUUCACCACGCAAACCUCAGCGGAGAUCUACCUGCCUACCAGGCGGUCUGCCAAAAUAUUGAUGCUGUCAUAACAGUCCUCGGACCAGACAUUCAAGACUCUGCUCGGGAGCGCACCUUGGUUUUGGAUCUCGUUCAUCGAUUCAUCAGCGAGAACGAUGAUGGAAUUUGUGUCGAGGCCAUCAAUUGCAUUCAACAUUUCCUCAUGUUUGCUCCCAACUUUGUACAGGUACCAGAGCUUGUGACACGUUUCAGAGGGUAUCUUUCUUCGUCGCGGCGACCGCUCAAAUUGGCCUCCAUCAAUGCCCUCUAUCAACUUGUUCAGAAAGAUGCUCUGGCUAUGUCAAGAUUGGGAGGCGAUCAACUGGUUGAAGAACUCUUCGCAAUGCUCGAUGACGAUUCCUCCGUUGAUGGUGUGAGGAAUGUAAUCCUCAGUUGGCUCCAGCAGACUGUAAUACAUAAUCCAUCGGCUUGGAUCGACCUAUGCCAACGCAUCAUGUCGCGGACGACUGCAUCACAACAAGCUACAGAUGCGGCGACAAAACGGGGGGAUCUUCUUGAUGACGAGGGCCAAUCAUUGAGCACAGGUGUUACCCAAGACUUGUCAGCGGGUAGUGGGCGACAGACCUCUCGGUGGAGAACACAGCUAUUUGCUCUGCAAUGCCUGCAUACUAUAUGCACCGUUGUUGGUCAGUCUGGAAGAAGGGAGCAUCUAGACAUGGCUUUCGCUCGCAGUCAGGGCCUUCCUAUCCGCGGUCUACUCGUGUCUAGAGUACCCGAUCUCAUUAAGAUCGCAUUUACUGCGUCAGCAGCACAUGUUACGGAAAUCCGCCUCGAGGGUCUGAAAGUCCUCCGAGAUGUCAUUGAGAUCUUCGCCAAGUCGCCAGAUCCGGAUUAUGAAGAUUCCUUACUCUUGGAGCAACACCAAGCCCCAAUUACUGCAGCCUUGACACCAGCGUUCUCUUCCGAUUCCACGCCCGAGAUUUUAGCGGCUGCAAUUGGUGCAUGUGCGGUAUUCGUCGGCUGCGGUGUGGUGACGGAUGUUCAGAGGAUGGGCCGUAUUCUUAAGUUGCUGACUUCCGCACUGGAACAAUCUAAAGAGUCUGGCAUGCUGACACUUGGCGACGCGGCGGAGCUUAGUCCAAACGCAUCGGUCAUGUUACGGAUUGCUACUCUGUCUGCAUGGGCGGAACUUCAAGUAGCUUCCAACGUGCAAACAUAUUUGGUGAACGUCGUCAAACCAUAUCGAACGACUCUUGCUCCGUUGUGGAUUGCUGCAUUGCGUGACUACGCUAGCAUUCGUGCUGAUGCCGAAGUCAUCGACGAUUCACCAGCGGGUACGUUAGACUCAUCCUACUCCAGUCUGGGGAGAGAAGUUCUGCUUCCCUAUUACGUGGAGUCAUGGUCUGUUAUUCUACAUGCGAUUGCGACCGCCAUGAAUACUGGCGAUCCGUAUGUCCUUGCAGCCAUGGAUGGACGAGAGGGCGUCGUAUCAGAACAGGAUGCGGCAGAAGUGAUGACCACCCGCGAGGAACCAACGGCGUUUUUCUUCGCACUAUUUGGUCUAGUUUUCGAGGCCCUUUCUACUGCCACUCCUGACUCAAACGUGGCGUCACAACGAAUCUCAAUAACCGCUCUGCAAGCGUUGAGAUGUCUUGUUCAAGAGAAGUAUUGUGGCGCCGUAUUCAAUGAUGCGGUCCUGUUUGAAGAACUUGUCAGCUUGUUCUAUCGGAUGGCUUUAACAGAACCAGCGGUAGUGCAGGUAUACUUGGUGGAAACGGUGCAUUGCCUUAGGAUCUGCGCUUAUAUUCUGAAGCGGUCGAUCACUGGCCCGCGAAAUGGUGCUAUCCAUGACGGCUCUACCCUCGUCGAGAAGGUCAAGCUCAUAAACGCAGCCUUUGACGCAUUUUCCGCGAUCGCACAAACGUUUGGCCCUGGUCACAGAGAGCAAUUUAGAGCAGUGGGUGUUACUCUGUACAGCGAACUUCUGAAAGAUGAAACCUUCGAUGCCGAUCUCGUAGGGCCAACUCUGCAGUCUUUGAAGAAUAUGCUCGAACGACCAGCGGAAUCAAGUGACGUUGCACAAUUUGAGAAAGUGGUCCACGGCCUUCUGUCUGCAUGUCUUAUCAACGUAGAUGAGAUGAGAGGACGUCAAGGCGCGAUUUCUACGAGAAAGGUGAAGACGAACUUGUUGGCGGCGGUUCUUGUCUUAACUGUGGUCCCAUCUGGGACCGCAAUCUCACGCGCCGUUAUUGAGCGAUUGUGCUUCUUGAUUGCUCAGAAACUGGUUGAUGCUGACGAGAUCUCCUUGAGUGCUGCUCAUUGUGCCAAGACACUGAUUCUCGCCUCAACGGCCGGGAAUGCGGUUCUGCGCCAAUGUUCCAGAUUGCUGUUACCAGGAAUGGUAGAAUGCCUCGCCAAAAUCGCAGCUUGCGUCGAUGAGCUACCAGAGAAGCAUCUGACCACCGUGGGUGAGAUAUACAAGGCAUUUUCGGUUUUGUUCGGAUCGCUAGCAGAGGAUCUACGUCCUCGUGCCUUGGGGGUCUUGAUGCCUCCUAUGAUCCUGCUUCUGGACCCUGGUCGAACCCCUCCUUCCGCCUUCCAUGCGCAAAGUGUCGCACAAUUGCUAUCAUUCGCUGCAUCUUCACCUACGGCCUUCAAAGAAGCAACGAGCAAGUUGGACCCUCAGAUGAGAGAGUCCCUGGAGAGCUCUGUGAGACAGGCUUUAGGCAACAAAGCUCUUACGUCAGAGGCUCCGAAACCACAGAUAUCUCUCAGGUCAUUCUAGUGUCAAAUAGAUACCGUGUAGCUAACUACGAGCACCCGUACUGUAUUAUCGCACUCUACGAUACCACGCCGUUAGGAGAUGUGUUAGAUAUAAUAAAUACAAGGAAUGUAUCAGUAUGUUAACGUGCA